AAUAAUUCAAACAAAAUGACUAUAAGAAACUUACAGACUGAAAUAGAACUGGAAAUUGCACAACCGAUCAACAAGCAUCGUACAGAUGUGUUAAUUCCCAGAAUAUCACUUUCAGAUGAAGUUCAUCAGAAUAUGAUAAAUUCCACAUCAGAGAAUGAGUUUCAGAUGCAAAUGGCUACAGAGAUAAUAGAAGAUGUAAACUCGAAGCCUCCACCAAGAAACGAAUCAUUGCCAGAAAACUUUAUCGAAAUGUUAGAAAAAAUUCCUCUAGAUAUUCCUAAUUCUUCUAAAUUCGCAUGGGAAACAUAUCAAAAAUUACAGGAAAAUGACUUUAAAAUUUCUCUUUCUACCGUACAGAGAGGUUUAAUGACACCGACUGAACAACGUAUCUUGAAAGAAUUAUACGACAAAAUGGUGAAAAAUUCAACGGAGAAUGAAUGAUUAAUAAUCAAUUAUGUGGAUUUAAAUU